GUCGGGGCGGAAGUGGCCGGGAGUUUGAUUGGCUGUUAGGUCGUUCGCCGGCGCCGUAGGAGGGAGAAAGAGGAAAGGUUUCGAAAUUCAAAGACACUAGGUAAGUGCCAUUGAGUGAAGUCAUAAACGUUUUCAUAUAACUAGGGUUUUGAGCCGGGCCUCCUCUCCGAGUUGUAAAAUGUAACAAAGGACGCGGAAAAAUAACCAUUUUUUAGCCAUUCCGCAAAUGAGCGAGCGAGAAAAAAUAUAUUAAACAAUCGGACGCGUACGAACAUACAUUAUCAACUUUCCGCCCAGUGAUCCUCCUCCCGCGGCCGAAUUAUCGAGUGCUUAACAGCGUUUUGUGAUCUCCUCCGACUCAUUUCGUGGUUUCAGUAAUGACCGGCUGAUCGCCCAAACGACACCGUUCCCGCCCGAAUUUUCAUAAACAGGAUUACCCCGUGCUCCAAUAAAUUAUUGACACGUGCUCCUUUUCCCUGGAUACUCAGUGUGUGCUCUUGUUGUUAGUGUCAAGUGAAUGUGCAGCCAUGUGUGCAGGUAAACAGAAACAAUUUAAUUCAGUUAAGUGAUCAGGCCGAAGUAUGUUACCCAAGUACCAUCAGCAGUACCAUCACCAGUUGUUCAGUCAUCCCUCCGUCGUCAUCAGCUCGGCUGCAUCGGCCGACUCGACCUCAGCCGUCAAUUACAGUAGUUCCCACGUGGCCAACAAUUCCUCCAACUCGUCUAGUUCCCCGCCUUCGUCCCUAGUUAGUGCAGCUUCCAGGAUGUACCCCUACGUCCACCACAAUCAGGCCCAGGUGGCGGCAGCUUUCGCGGGGGGCGGCCCCGGGUCCAUGGGGGCCUUUUCCUCGCAGACCUCGGCCAAUUUGGCGGCGGCCCUCGAUGCCGUCUCCGGGGACAAAUCGUGUCGCUACACCGGGAGCAUCCCCCAGCCGGACUCGAUGGUCUACAACCCCCUGCAGAACGGCUCGUCGGCGGCCAUCUCGGCCACCCCCUCGUCCAUCGUGUCGCAGUUUUACCAGGCCUCGGCCAUGGACCACCUCUCCACGUGCACCACCCCUGCCAGCUCGGGCACCACCGGACAGCAGAUGGGUGACAUUCCUAGGUACCCGUGGAUGCAUUUAUCAGCGGCUGAACUUCGAUCACGGGACCUCUCCACAGCAAGUUCACUAUCCUGUCCAAUCGACCAAAGAGGCCUGCUAUCGUAUUUUGAGAAAGAAUGGAUAAAUCCCUUUGAUCGAGUCGUAUGUGGUCCCAGCGGGUGUCCCCGACGACGCGGGCGGCAGACGUACACACGGUUCCAGACCCUGGAGCUGGAGAAGGAGUUCCACUUCAACCACUACCUGACGAGGCGGAGACGAAUAGAGAUCGCGCACGCCCUCUGCCUGACGGAGCGGCAGAUAAAGAUAUGGUUCCAGAACCGGCGGAUGAAGCUCAAGAAGGAGAUGCGGGCCGUCAAGGAGAUCAACGAGCAGGCGCGGAAGGAGCGCGAGGAGAAGGAGCGGCUCAAACAGGAGCAGCAGAGCAAGCUGGACUCGCAGCACCACUCGCAGAACCACACGCAGAACCACCACCAGAGCGCAGGCAUCCUCGACCACCACAAGAUGAUCUCAGGCAUCGAGAAGAACUCCACCGCCGACAUGCUCAAAGCCGUCGUCUCCAAAGUUCCGCCCACCUAAUAGCCCAUCCAACUUCGUCAGAAACCCUCUUUCGCAAGCUCAAAGUUCCCUGGAUAGUCCCGAGUGAGGAUCGCUUUACGCUUUUUUUAACCCUCUCAGUCCAAAAAUUGACUCCCUUCACUGAAAAAAAAGCCAGCCGUGGAGGCCGUACUUAUGGGCUAUAUACAGGGUUAUUCAAAAGUCACGCAUCAGUGGCCGUGAGGGUGGUGGCCAUGUGAAAUUUUUGAGUUGCCUCCCGACCCCCCCCCCUCCCCCGUGGGGAUCAAAAACUGGAAAGUGUUGAAAAACUUUUCCCUCUCGAUAU